UAAAGAUGGGGUGGCCUCUGCGCAUUAAUCAUGAACCGAAACCCACCCCCCCUGCCGGCUGCAGCUGGCUUCUGACUUGCUCCUGGUUCUCGGCGGCAUGAGGGGACCCUUCCUGCCCUGGGCGGCCGGGGCCGUGCUGGUCCUGGGAUCCUGGAUGGCUCGGGGGGCGGCCACGGGACCAGAAGGACCAUUACAGGUUCAGAUCAUCAACUUCAACUUCAAAACCGUGCAGGUGACGUGGAACAGCAGCGGGAGCCCCGGGGUCAACCUGACUUUCUCCUACAGCUUCCGACCUAACGAGGGCGACAGCUCCUGCCCCGAGUAUAUUCUCGAAGACGGCCGCACGGUCGGCUGCGUCCUGCAGGCCGAAGGGGACGGAAUCCUGAGCUUCUCCAUCCGGCGCGGAACGCGUCCUCUUCUGGCCAAGAGUCAAUGGAUCAGCUCCUACCAGGAGGCCGUGACCGUGACCUGCUCCGAGCUGCCCCACAAGAGCCUCCUCUACGAAAUCCAGUACAAGAGCACGUUCGACCCCGAGUGGCAGUUUUUUACCCACAGCUUCCGACCUAACGAGGGCGACAGCUCCUGCCCCGAGUAUAUUCUCGAAGACGGCCACACGGUCGGCUGCGUCCUGCAGGCCGAAGGGGACGGAAUCCUGAGCUUCUCCAUCCGGCGCGGAACGCGUCCUCUUCUGGCCAAGAGUCAAUGGAUCAGCUCCUACCGUAAUGAAGCCCGACCCCCCUGGAGACUUGACCUUCCGGUGGCAGAGGAGGCCGUGACCGUGACCUGCUCCGAGCUGCCCCACAAGAGCCUCCUCUACGAAAUCCAGUACAAGAGCACGUUCGACCCCGAGUGGCAGGCUGAGGAGGGCAGAAGCUGCAACGUGUCGAUCCCGGGCUUGGAUCCCGACAAAUGCUACUUCUUCCGGGCCCGAGCGAGGACCAUGGAGGCGGCCUACGGCCCCGACACCUACCCCAGCGACUGGUCGGAGGUGGCCCACCAGCAGAGGGGCCGGCGGCGAGCUAUGUAUCCGCCUGCCUACCUAUCCAUCAUCAUCAGAGUUCCGUGUGCUGCGUCCACACCGCGUGCGCCUGUGCGCAGACGCCGUGUGGCUUUCCAGGCUCUUCCCCCGGAGUCCAGCUUUGCAGACCGUGACACGCAGAAGGGAAAAACCCGCUUCGUGGGGUGUGGGUCGCGCUGGCGCCCCGUGGGACCCUCCCGCCGUGCUUGUGUCGCUGCAGAUUCGUGCCAGGAGCAGAGGCUGUUCCCGCGCUUCGUGUUGAUCUCGGGCGCGGUGGCGUUCCUGACGGUGGUCCUCCUGCUCGUGUCCUUGUGGAAGCUGCGCAGAGUCAAGAAGCUCCUGAUGCCCAGCGUCCCCGACCCCAAGUUCACCUUCCCCGGGCUGUUCGAGUCCCACCGAGGCAACUUCCAGGAGUGGAUCAAGGACACGCAGAACGUGGCCUCGCUGAACAAGACGGACGACGGGGAGCAGGAGUGCUUCCUGGAGGAGGCCCUGGAGGUGCAGCCAGCCAAGGCGGAGGCCGAGACGCCCACGGGGACGCCGACGGGGGAGGAAGAGGCGGCUGCUGACCCCAGUCAGCUCCCUCGCCGGUUUCCCCCCGGCAGAGAGGCCAUCUCUCUGGGGGACUUCACUUUUGUGAUGACUGACAACUCAUACAUGAUGUUAUGAGGGGGUGCAAACUCAAAAGCCAACAUGGGGUCCCCCCACACCCCAUGGCCACUCGGCUCCUUCGUUACACCGCAGGUGGACCCAGCAAGCCGGGCCGGGCGGGAACAGAAUCCUGCUCUCCAGAUCCUACCUACCAGCCGUCCAGCUCUUAUUCUGAAAGGGGGACUCAGUUGGCAACCAUGGGGACAUUUCCCCGGACCUUCAGUUUUUCUUCCCGAACCCACCCUCCUGACGUCCCUCUGCAUCUAAGACAUAUUUAAAUUGAAAAUCGGUCCCUUGAAACAUCUCUCCAUCCAGUGCGUGUAUUUUUUUUCCAUUGAAAUAAAGAGAAAAAAGAAACAGUUGGCACCAGA